GUCAGAGAACAGCUUAAGCCUUAACGAGAGACGAUUACUUCGUUAGGGUUAUAAGUUUGCAGAAAGGAAGGCAUCGAUUCAAGGAAGCAGAAAUGGCGGAUCAGCUCACGGACGAUCAGAUCGCCGAAUUCAAGGAGGCCUUCUCUCUAUUCGACAAGGAUGGCGAUGGUUGCAUCACUACCAAGGAGCUUGGCACUGUGAUGCGCUCUCUGGGGCAGAACCCGACAGAGGCGGAGCUUCAGGAUAUGAUCAAUGAGGUUGAUGCAGAUGGCAACGGUACAAUCGAUUUCCCUGAGUUUCUAAACUUGAUGGCCAGGAAGAUGAAGGACACCGAUUCUGAAGAGGAGCUGAAGGAAGCUUUCCGUGUUUUCGACAAGGACCAAAAUGGUUUCAUAUCUGCAGCUGAACUGCGCCAUGUCAUGACAAAUCUAGGGGAGAAGCUCACUGAUGAGGAGGUCGAUGAGAUGAUUCGUGAGGCUGAUGUCGACGGUGAUGGGCAGAUCAACUAUGAGGAGUUUGUGAAGGUCAUGAUGGCCAAGUGAGGUUAGAACUUUCCAUUCAUCUUUAAAAUUCAUGGGACAAACAAAGAAUCAGGACAUUUAAGUUAUGAUUGAUUGAUGAGAUUUAUAUUUUGGUUAAUGUUGUCUGAAAUCUUGUUUCUUUCUGUGGAUUACCUAUUCCAGUUUGCAUUGCUUCUUUAUACAUUCUUUUUUGUUUCUUUUUU